AUGGUUUGGAAAUGGCUGGGCGCUUUGCUGCUUUUCCCCGUGCAGAUGGUCUAUUUGGUGCUCAAAGCUGCCGUGUGCAUUCUGCUGCCGGCCAGGCUCCGGGACUUGUCCGGGGAGAACGUGCUGAUCACCGGCGGGGGCAGAGGCAUCGGUCGCCACCUGGCCAGGGAGUUUGCUAAGCGAGGAGCCAGAAAGAUCAUCCUGUGGGGUCGAACCGAGAAGUGCCUUAAGGAAACCACAGAGGAGAUUAGAAUGAUGGGAACAGAGUGCCAUUACUUCAUUUGUGAUGUGGGAAAUCGAGAGGAAGUCUAUCAGCAAGCCAAAGCUGUCCGGGAAAAGGUUGGUGAUAUCACCAUCCUAGUGAACAAUGCUGCUGUCGUUCAUGGUAAGAGCUUGAUGGACAGCGAUGACGAUGCUCUACUCAAAUCACAACACAUAAAUACCCUGGGACAGUUCUGGACCACCAAGGCCUUCCUGCCACGCAUGCUGGAGCUGCAGAAUGGGCACAUUGUUUGCUUGAACUCUGUCUUGGCCUUGUCAGCCAUCCCUGGUGCCAUUGACUACUGCACCUCCAAAGCCUCUUCCUUUGCCUUUAUGGAGAGCCUGACCUUGGGCUUGCUGGACUGUCCUGGAGUGAACGCUACAACAGUCCUGCCGUUCCACACCAGCACAGAGAUGUUUCAGGGCAUGAGAAUAAGGUUCCCCAAUCUUUUCCCCCCACUGAAGCCAGAGACAGUGGCCAGGAGAACAGUAGAAGCUGUUCAGCUGAACCAAGCCUUCCUCCUCCUUCCGUGGACAAUGCACGUACUUGUCAUCUUGAAAAGCAUUCUCCCUCGGUCAGCACUUGAAGAAAUCCACAAGUUUUCUGGAAGCUACACCUGUAUGAACACGUUUAAAGGGCGAACAUAG